GGUCCUCGAAAAUCAUACGUACGCUCUUUCAAACAGGAAGAGCAGUGUUUCAUUUCUGUGUAGUGGAAUAAUUGGUCUUUUUCUUCAAAUAUGUUAUCGAUAUUCAAAUCCAUCCCAACCCAUAUGGACUACAAGGGUCAGAAACUAGCGGAACAGAUAUUCCAAGGCAUCAUUCUGAUUUCAGCGGUCAUUGGAUUCAUAUAUGGCUACAUCAUUGAGCAGUUCGGGUGGACUGUCUACAUAGUACUGGCAGGUUUUGCAAUCUCUUGCCUGCUCACUCUUCCCCCAUGGCCCAUGUACCGCAAAAACCCUCUUAGCUGGCAGCCAGCCAUACCAGAGCCCUCAGGAGAGAACCGCGAGAAGCCCCAGGAGCCUCCCAAGAAAAAGAAGCACAAGUAGAUUACACAUUCCUGUUACAGCCGGUGGAAUUUUGUAUUAAAAAUGUGAAUCUGGAAAUGCAAAUGAUGUUGUAGUGACUAUACUGGUUUGUAUGCAUAAUCACAGUACUAAUAUUGAAAUAAAAUCCAUACAUUUCUGUA